UUGUUUAGCGCUAUCUAGCGGCAUUUUAAGGAAUUAAAAGUCGAAAUUUUAUCGGUUGAUUGAAAUUUUCUUAUUUUUAUAAAAUGGCAUUGAGUCAAAGUUAUUUGCCAAAUUACUUUGCUAUAAAUGAUAUUUUGUGUACCGAAGAACGAUUAACGUGUACGAUUGAAGUCGAGUUACCUAGAUUAGGUUUUUUGGAUUGCUCGUCCCAAACUGCAAAUUUAAAAGUAGGAUCAAAAGUAGAACUUCCAUUAUGGUUAGCAUUGUCGUUGAAAAACCUACGAAAUCCUAUAGUUAGCGUUGAUAUACCAAAAAUAUACAAGGAAGGAUAUAGAGAAAUUUUAAAAGCAGAUGCUGAUGCUAUUGUCUUAAGCAAAUGGAACCCAUUCUUUUAUGAAUUAGGAAUGCAUGUACGGAAACUUAAUGCCAGGUCUUCUGAACAAAUAACGGAUAGUUUAUUGCAGACGUUUAAAUCUCGUUUACGUUUAGUUAUGGAUUGGGCACAAAAUCCGAUAUCUGAUCCUACAUUAGGGAAGCAGCUUCCUAGGCUUGAAAGAGAACUAUUUCUUAGUGGAAGAAAAGCUAAAGUUAGACUUUCAGAGUGGCUACAAAAGGGUACUAAUAGCAUACUUCCUUCUGAAGUCACGGCAAAUUUAAAGAAAAGAAAACGUACAAAUUAUGAACUAGACUAACAUUUUCAUUUUACAAUAUAUAUUACAAGACUUGACCAUCGCAUAAAUUAUUUAAUAUGAUCACAGUAUAAUUUGAUAGACCAAUCCUAUACAGGAAGUGAAAUGUUUUUUAUUCUUUGAUUAAAAAUAUUAAUUAGAUGUUUACUCCCUUUAUUAUAUGUAUAAUACAAAUUUUCUUACAACUAAAUAACAAUUGAUUAAGAAAAAAGUUAUUUACAAUUCAAAUAAUGUUUAUAUGCUCUGAAUGAUUUUUUGUAAAAGCUUACCUACGAAUUGACUUAUUUAUGAACUGUUUAUCUUGGUAACUUUUAGCUCACAACCCAUAUAAAAAUAAUCAUUUCUCAAAUAUUAAACUUACUGUACAGAAUAAACAUAGAAGAAAUAAAGGAAUUAGUUACAUAAGUUUUAA